GUACGUACUCGAAUAGCUCGCGCGGGGUCGUAGCGGUCAAAGUUGAAGUAGACGAUCGCAGGUCGCAUUUGAAGUGUAUUUUGCCUAAGCACAUUGUUUGUGCAUUGGUUAUGUUGCACACUAGGAUCAGUAGGAAGGUGUAGACUAUAUCACCAAUAAAUGACGAAAACUGAUGGUAUUUCCGCUGCAGGUGCAGGUACCGUACCAAUGCAAUUCUAACUUAGCUAAUAACGAGUCGGUAGCGAGAGGCACUUUCUCUGCUCUGUACACGCAUUCUGCUUUCCCAAGAAUAGCUGAACACCAGCAGCCUUGAGUAAAAAGUGUUUGGCUAGAGCCGGAGCCUAACUUUAGAGGUUUAUCGGAGGCCUUGAGUUGAGCAUGAUCUCUCGCUCUCGCUCUCAUGCAACUGAAAGAGAAGGAUCAGAUCGAGAAUAAACAUUGUUUGAUUGUAAUGUUGUAUCUUCGAAUUUAACUCGGAUUAGACGAGGCGAGGCGAGGCAAGCAACAUCAUGGAGCUCGACUGGAUGCAAAUAGUCGUGAUCAGUGUGUUGCUGGGACUGAUACUUUUGUAUGAGCUGAGCAACACAUUCAAAUAUUAUGCUAAGAUGACUCUCUAUUACACAUUGCUGCAGAUUCAGGCAUUGAUUAUCAUCAUUUUGUCACUUCCCAGGCCUCGAGAUCCUUCAAAUCAUCGAUGGGCCUCGAUGCUGCUCUCCAACACAAAUGGUCUGUUUGGAAUACGUGCUGAAGUUCGAGGGCUCCACCACCUUGACUACAAUAAGCCAGCCAUUGUCGUUGCCAAUCACCAAUCUUCCAUUGAUUUGAUGAGCAUGUUCUCGUUUGGCGUUUGGCCCAAGCGAUGUGUUGUCUUGGGGAAGAAGGAGCUUUUGUUCUUUGGACCGUUCGGUGUGAGUCUGUACCUGUGUGGAACAGUCUUUGUAGAUCGCCUUAAUCCAGAAAAGGCCAGAAGUACAAUGGAGAAGACAGCCCAACACAUCAAGGAUAAAAAUAUCAAAGUUUGGAUAUUCCCUGAGGGAACCAGAAAUAGGGAAACAGGUCUGCUACCUUUCAAGAAAGGAGCUUUCCAUCUUGCCGUCCAAGCUCAGGUACCUGUCAUUCCAAUCGUGUUUUCAUCAUAUUCUGAUUUCUACAGCCACAGGGAAAAGCGAUUCGGAACUGGAAAGUUUACCAUCACAGUGCUACCCCCUGUCUCCACCGAAGGAAAGACCAGUGAGGACGUGAACGAGCUCACAGAGACAGUCAGGAAACAGAUGCUCACCACUUACAACGAGACCUCCAUGCAACGGAUGGAGAGUAAUGGUCUCAAUUGAAUCAAGGGCAAAGGUGAAAGGUCAAGCAAGAUGAAUUGUCGAUUUUCCAACAAGGAAUUAUGAAGUGAAAUGAUGAUGACGUCUACAUUAUCACUUACGAGACCUCUCGGCAAAGAAUGGGGAUCAAUAUCCUCAAUUAAGGGUAAAGGUGAAGGGUCAUACAAGGUGAAGGGUCAUACAAGGUGAAGGGUCAAUCUUUCUUCGGGUAAAUACAUGAAUGAAGUGUAGUGGUAAGGAAGUAGAUGUGACCUCUGAUGAGACCUUGGCAAAGAAAGGAGAGCUAUGAUCUCAAGAGCACAGGUGAUGGGUCAAGUCUUCCAUUGGGGAAAUAUAAAGUGUUGUGAUGAGGAUGACCUCUGAUAACACCUGUCCAAA